AUGGCUCCAAUUAACGUAGAGACCGCCGCUAGGAACAUCAUCGUCUCUGGUGGAGCCCGUGGCAUUGGAAGAGCGCUCAGUCGCAUGUUUCUGGAGGCUGGCCACAAGGUGUACAUCUUCGACAUUGAUGACGAGGAGCUGCAGCAUACCACCAAAGUCCAUUUAAAGAAGUACUACGACGAGAAGAAGCUAGAUUCAGCAACCUGCGACUUACGCGACGUGAAGGAUAUUCGAGCCAAAGUUAAGGACGCGGCCAAGUUCUUCGACAACAACGUGGACGUCCUGAUCAACAAUGGAGGUAUUGCGUCGCCGCAGUGGAAAGAUGGCAAGACGAUGGAGGAUGAAAGCACGUUCGAGGAGUGGCAAGCCUACAUUGACACCAACCUCACUGGUCCCUUCGCCAUGAGCCAAGCAUGCAUCCCGUUCAUGAAAUCGAGGCAAGCAGACGCCACGUCAGGCGCCCAGAAAAUUUACGGCUCAGGUCCAUGUAUCAUACACAUUGGGUCGUUCCGUGCGCAUCAGUCAGAUCCCAACCAGGAGGGAUAUGCAUCGAGUAAGGCUGGUCAGCUCGGCCUGAUGCACUCCAUGGCCAUCAGCUUGGGACCACUAGGCAUCCGGGUCAACUUGAUUGCGCCUGGUAGGAUCAAGGUCGCUCACGAGAGCAAGGAGGGUGAUGAGAAGGGCACAGACUGGGCAGGCCAGGUCAGCGAGAAGGACGUCGACGACCAUCCGACAAAUCGAGCGGGAAGGCCCAAGGACAUUGCUGAUGCGGCUCUAUAUCUCAUCGAUGCAGGCUUCAUUACAGCGGUCGAAGUUGGACCCUUUGUCUUCCACUCCGCGAAUCGGCCGACACACGAUUGGGUUCCACUCCUCGAACCUCUUCAUAAUCGCACCGAAGCGGAGCAAGGGCCUAGGAUUGAAGUUGUGGAGAAAAUCGUACGAGACGAUCGCACCAACAUGUCCUCGAGCAUCGAGAUCCUCACGACGCCGACGUCGGACACUCCAGGCACGACACUGGUGUUACGAACAGCUACAAAACACUACGUCUUCGGCAGUCAGGCAGAGGGCACCCAGCGUGCGCUGGUUCAGCAGGGCGCGCGACUGUUGAAGGCCCAGGACUUUUUCCUGACAGGAAAGGCAGAAUGGAAGAACACAGGCGGAUUCAUGGGCAUGAUGCUCACAUUGGCUGACGCGAGCUCGAGCUCUUAUGAGCAAGCCAUGUUGAUGGUACAGCAGGCAAGAGACAAGGGUCGCACAGCUUCCGAGCCGGCGAAACACAGCUUCAACAUAUACGGGCCGCCCAAUUUGAAACACACAAUGGGCACUUGUCGACGAUUUAUUUUUCGAAAAGGCUUGCCCAUCCAUGUAACUGAAUACGCAGACAGACCCGUUGCCAGGGACGAGAAUGGCGGCAUACCACCAACUUGGCAGGAUGCGAACAUCCAGGUGUGGGCUCUACCCGUAUCACCAGUACGCCAGCAGCAAGACCCAGAAGCCGAAGCCGAGCUGGAGGCUCUUCGUCAGGACUUUGAUGCGCGACUGAACACAUUUGAAGACCACAAGGCCCCGCCCAAUGAGUCUAAAGAGGAUAGGGACGCGCGAUAUGACCGCAUACGUUCUGCUACGCUCAAGUUCAUGUUCGAUUCAAAUUGGAGCUUCGACACUCUGGUAGAGCGGCACAUUGCGGAAGUUCAAAUGCCCGCUGCAAUCUUCGUUCGGAAUCCAGAUACCCAUGGCUACGAGCCUUAUCAAGGGCCCAGGCCGGGGGGUUCGGAGCCAUUGCCCGAUAUCACUGUCUGGACACGGACACCCUGGCCCGGAGCUACUAUCAUGGCAAUACCGCCUACACGACCUCUGCCGGAAUGUCUCUCAUAUAUUGUGCGCACCUUUCCAUCUCGGGGUACUUUUGACGUCGCACGGGCGAAAGCCUUGGGCGUGAAGCCUGGACCUGACUUUGGAAAAUUGACUUCCGGCAAAUCUGUACAAAACGAGAAGGGAGACUGGAUAGAACCAUCUCAAGUCCUCGGCGCGGAUAGGCCAGGUCAAGGAAUAGCGAUACUUGAAGUGCCAUCAUUGGAGUACCUCGAGGCGGUUGUGCAGCGUGAAGAGCUGAACAAUUCGCAAGUCAUGGCAGGCAUAGGCGCUAUCAUAUGGGUUCUAGGACCAGAUAUCUCAGGUCAUCCUAUUCUCAGCGAAUUCAUGGAUAAGCUCAGCGACGUGCAACACAUUAUAUCGUCUCCAGAUGUGUCACCCAAUCGCAUAGCUCAUGACUCGGUGGCGUGUCAAGCAACUCGACUAGGUCAGGUGGAUCCAGCCCGAUAUUCUGUCCCCAUACACGACAAUUUCACUGUACCGCAAGAAGGCCUUUUCUCGAAUUCUCAGCGACAUAUUUCCCCAAUGCCGAAGGAGUCCAUUCGCGCAGAUAGAGGCUUGAGCUUUACGCUCAUGCCAAAAUUUGCAACCAAGGAAGAGACAAAAACACAAAUGUUCAACAGUAACGUAGUUAAGCACGAAACAGAUGCCGAAGUAUUGAGAUUGGCGGCAGAAGCGCAACAGGCAGUCAAGGAUGAUCAAAUCAACCAAGACGCGUGGAAGCAGCUACUUGCGCGCCCAGACACUGAAGUCAUCACCUUGGGGACGGGCUCUGCCUUGCCAUCUAAAUACCGAAAUGUGUCUGCCACCCUCGUACGGGUGCCAGGUGUUGGUAACUACCUCUUGGAUUGCGGCGAGAACACGCUGGGUCAGCUGUCGAGGGUCUUUCCACCGGAAGAACUGCGGGACAUCAUCAAGAACCUGCGCCUCAUCUGGAUCAGUCAUCUGCAUGCUGAUCAUCACCUGGGUACAACUGGUGUGAUUCGUGCAUGGUAUCAUUUGGUUCACGGUGGUGUCCCAAAUAAAGAGAAGCUUGACGCCGCAACAGUACUCAACAACUCAAGCCAGUAUGGUCUAUCGGUCAUAUCACAUACUGGCAUGUUGCAGUGGCUUUAUGAGUACUCAUCAGUGGAGGAUUUUGGCUACAGCAGAAUUCUACCGCUCGAGGUGUCACCUAACGAGACCGGGCGCGGUUCCUUACUCAACAUUCUCAACUCUUUCAACGCAGAGCAGAACUACGACACGACCAUAAAGCGAAAUCAGUAUCCGCAACUUUUUGGGUUUGAAGAUAUCCAGACUGCGAAGGUCGUCCAUUGCCAUGGCGCGAUGGCAGUUUGCAUCACGUUUCCACGCUCUCCUGAAGAUCCUCAUAACCUCAAGCCACUCAAGGUUAGCUACUCGGGAGAUUGCAGGCCAUGUAGGCAUUUUGCUAGGGUCGGCCGUGAUACAACAGUCCUGAUUCAUGAAGCCACCUUCGAUGACGAACUCCUCGGCGAUGCCAGAGCUAAGAAGCAUUCCACUACCUCUGAAGCACUAGACAUUGGCUCGCAAAUGAACGCUAAAGCUGUCGUCCUUACGCAUUUCAGCCAACGCUACCAGAAGAUACCCGUAUUGGAGACGGUGACAGAAGGCGAGCAAGAAGGUCCGCUUCUCGAUCCUGAGAACACCGCGGAAGAGGCUGACAACGAGAAUGACAUAGAAGCCGACCCCACGCUUGAGAAUACCGAUAAUAUGGACAUCCACUCAACAACGCAACUCUCCUCCACAACCGCACCCAAGGUCGCCACACUUGAACGCCACGCCUCUUCCACGGUUCCCGAACUCGGACGCGUCAUCAAGGUCCGCAAUCCCGAAAUGAAGGUUGCCAUUGCAUUCGACUACAUGCGCGUCAAGAUUGGCGAUAUCGUUCAGUUAGAGAAGUUCAACGAGGCAUUGAGCGAAUUGCUGGUCAAAGAGGAGGAGGUCGAAGCUAUUGGCGCUGAGGAUGGCAAGAUCAAUAGCAAUGGAAAGAAGACUAGUGGAGACGAGGGAGGCGGGGGCGGGAAGAAACAGAAACAGGGUCAAGGGACGCCCAAGGUGCGGAAAAUGAAGUCGUCUCAGAGAAAUAAUUGA